CCGCUACGCGCACAUGCGCAUGCACGAAGCCUCCCUCCCUCCAUCGGUCCUACGGCCUUGCCGCCCUCCCCGUCGAGGUAGUGACGGCUUCUGGGGGCGUGCACGGGAUCAUCCGUCGCGCGCCUCGAGCGCUAAGGCCCCCGCGGUUUCGUUCCGUGCUACUACCGCAUUGGCGCCGCGGUCGACGGUAGGUUGUGGUCGACGGUCGCCGUCGCGGCUGGCUGGCGAUGUCGAUAUAUUCCUUCGCAUCCGCCGCUUGUAGGGUCAUCGUCUGUCUUCAGCAUCUCUCGUCCAAGUUCGGUUCUCCCACUUGGGCUUCUUUUCGCUGUUUUUUUCUCUUUCUUUCUUCUCCUUGAACUUGUCUCAUUUUCCCUUGCUUCUUGUUCUAUUCUUCUCUGCUACUUAGCCUCGCCCGGCCUAAAUAUCCGCCUCUCCUUCUAUAUAGCACCGCCAGCUUUCCGACAGCGUCGGAAACGGACCGGCGCAUAUCUGCCCAUCUAUUUUUCCAUUAGGCCACCACCGUCUUCGCGCCCCAUAAUGUCUGCCGAAGAAAAGGGCGCUGUGUCCGUCUCCGACUUGGAGGUCGACCCCCGAGACCUUCGUUUCCAAGAACACGCGAGGAGGAUCCGUCUCGUCGACAGUGCCCGCGUCGGUCUUACCGGACUCGCCCUCCUCUGCGGUCUCACCAUCCUCGGGACUUCGGCCGAUACUCUGGCCGUGUACCGCGCCACUCGUCUCUCGACCGAUUUCCACCUACCAUUAUGGCCCGAUCGCUUCGAUCUCCGGCCCACCGUAGCGCUGGUCGUCGAUAGCGCCAUCGUUGUCGCCGUCAGUGUCGCGUCUCUGCUCUUUAGCAAGGUCAAAAUACUUCGCAACCUGACUCCCGUCCACACGCCCCUCAGUCUGGCUGCGCCCUUCGUCGGCUUCGUGUCUGUCAUGAUCAGCAUGAUCUUCUUCUAUGCUGUCAACGCGUCGACGACUCAUGAUACGCUGCAGAGCUGGAGCUGUCAAUGGGGGUUCGUUGGCAUGGCUUUGAAGCCGCACUUCAAAACCCUAUGUGACGAAAGCCGGACGGCCCUUUACCUAUCCGUCAUCCUAGUGCCUGUCCAAUUAGCUGCCCUCACUGUCGCCGGCUAUCAGGCGAUUUUAGAGAGGAGAUCGACCAGCAUCGCCCCGUCUCACAAGUCUCGCAGCCCCACGCCGUCGUAGGACGGUGACGAGAUAACAGGCCGUACCCCCCAACCUGGUUAUCUAUCAGCCCACCUGCAGCCGCUCGCUAACGGCGCCGCGUCAUGCGUUAUUGGAUGUUUGGGUGUGGCACUGGAUCUCGUUUCUGGGAAUACAUCGGGUAAGCAUGGAAGACAGGUGGGGGGGGAGGA